CAACAUAUUCAAUUUGAAUUGCAAUUGCAAUUCACACCGUCAUGGCAAAGUAGUUUGGGCAUAAUGGCAGACUGAGUCGAGGCGCUAUCAUCAGCAUGUUGCACUUAAGGCUAUUCGAUAGCUCCCUUUACUACGCCCUGGCCUCCGCCUCGGAGUCCAGUGCCUCGUCCUCGGGAGCGGCGGCCACGGAACGAGCGUUCAAUGCCAGCGGCGGCAGCGGAUUGGACGUGGGCGUGGCAGUAGCGCCCACAUUGGGAGCAGUUAAUCUGACAUAUUUCACACCUGCGAUAUCACACGUGAUGCUGGCGCCAGCCACAACAACAACAACAGCAACCACGACGCCUUCAGCGGCGGCCACAAUGGUCCAGACGACAGCGGCGCCAAGUCACGACUUAGAAGCAGCCGGCGGCGGCGUUGGCAACUCCUCGUCCAUCCACCCGGGUGAAUUGGACAAUUUAAAUUCGUUCUACUUUUACGAGACGGAACAGUUUGCCGUGCUGUGGAUUCUAUUCACUGUCAUUGUCCUAGGAAACUCGGCGGUCCUGUUCGUGAUGUUCAUCAACAAGAACCGCAAGUCGCGGAUGAACUAUUUCAUCAAGCAGUUGGCCCUGGCAGAUCUCUUUGUGGGCCUACUCAACGUGCUGACGGACAUCAUUUGGCGCAUCACGAUUUCGUGGCGAGCGGGCAAUCUGGCCUGCAAGGUCAUACGCUUCUCACAGGUGUGCGUCACAUACUCCUCCACCUACGUCCUGGUGGCCAUGAGCAUCGACAGAUACGACGCCAUCACACAUCCCAUGAACUUCUCAAAGUCGUGGAAAAGAGCUCGUCACCUGGUGGCCGGUGCUUGGCUCAUCUCAGCUUUGUUCUCUCUGCCCAUCUUGGUUUUGUACGAGGAGAAGCUUAUCCAGGGCCAUCCGCAGUGCUGGAUUGAGCUGGGUUCACCCAUGGCCUGGCAGGUAUACAUGAGCCUGGUCUCGGCCACUUUGUUUGCAGUGCCCGCCCUGAUCAUCUCCGCCUGCUAUGCGAUCAUAGUAAAGACUAUAUGGGCCAAGGGCUCCAUAUUUGUGCCCACAGAGCGAGCUGGCUUUGGUGCUGCUCCGGCGAGACGUGCCAGUUCCCGAGGCAUUAUACCUCGGGCCAAGGUCAAAACGGUGAAGAUGACACUGACCAUUGUGUUUGUGUUCAUCAUCUGCUGGUCGCCCUAUAUUAUCUUCGAUCUCCUGCAGGUCUUUGGCCAGAUUCCGCACUCGCAAACCAACAUAGCCAUAGCCACAUUCAUUCAAAGUUUGGCUCCGCUGAAUUCGGCCGCCAAUCCCCUUAUAUAUUGUCUCUUCUCCUCGCAGGUCUUCAGGACACUGAGUCGCUUUCCGCCCUUCAAGUGGUUCACCUGCUGUUGCAAGUCGUACCGCAACAACUCGCAGCAGAAUCGCUGCCACACGGUGGGUCGAAGGCUCCACAACAGCUGCGACUCGAUGAGGACACUAACCACUUCGCUGACAGUCAGCCGAAGGUCCACCAACAAGACCAAUGCCCGUGUGGUCAUCUGCGAACGGCCCAGCAAAGUGGUCACCGUGCCGGCCAUGUCCGAGGUAUGA